AUGUGGUCCUUGGACGAGUACUGCCAGACGGAAUUGUUGCGACAACGAGUGGAGGAUUGGUCGCAGUUGCCUGAAGCCAGUCGAACAUUUUUGCAAUCCCUCCAACUUCCCACCAUUCAUCCCUUUUGCCAAGCGACCAAGCUGGAUGAGUUUCAAGUGGAUGGAAUCCCUCCCAUGGGACCAAUGCUCAAGGAGGAUUUUCAUCAUCACAUGGGAGAUGUUAUUGUCACGCUGUUGUAUCGAGUGUUACCGGCCUUGAUGGCCAUGGGGGAAUUGUGGUUGCGGCUGUUUGCCUCGGUCAUUGCUCCCCUGGGCAUUGUCUAUCUGCUCUACUUUGAAAUACCAGAGGCAGUUCGUUGGACCAGAACCACCACAAAUGAUAAUAAGGCUGUCGGAACUUCCAAAUUCUUUUCUGCCGGCAUUCUCUUGAUGGUGGCCUCUUCUGUGGUACUCUUGACGGAUACCUUAUACAUUUUGGAAUUCGGGCCUCACUAUGGAUUGGUCAUCUUUGUGGUAUCCGCAGUUCUGGCAGCCAGAGCAUGCAAGAGACACCAACUCGGACACACCCUGCAGGGAUUGCUCUUGUUGAAGUUAUUGACUUUUUUCUUGAUUUACGAACCCUCUAUGGGAAAUAUUUUCUUUGGCGAUCGUGUCCAAGCAGUCCAAAAUGUCACAGAAGGACUCUACUAUCACCCACAAAACCAAUUUAUCCAAUAUGUGGUCGAUGCCUGGCCUGUGGAAAAACGAACAUACUCUCCGGAAUUAGGUGCCACAGUUUGGAUGCCCACGGGAGAUUCUCGCACAGGAUUGCCCUUUAUCCUCAACAAAGACCUACCAGCACCGGCCUAUCGUCGACUCUGGCUCGAGACGCACGAUCACGAAUAUGUGGCAUUGGAUAUUGCUCUCCCUGAGAAAGGGCAUAGUGACAAAAAGCCAUUGUAUUUGGUCUUGCAUGGAUUGAAUGGUGGCAGUGAAGAGGACUAUGUCAAGGAAUUUGCCCAUCGUCGAAUUGCCGAGGGUUCUACCAUUGUCAUUAUGGUGGCUCGUGGAUUGAUGGAUCUGCCCAUCAAGGGAUGGGAUCUUUUUCAUGGGGCUCGUGUCGAUGAUGUUCAUACGACGGCAAAGUUCCUACAAUCCUUUACUGCCCAGAAACAACAAACCUUGGCGGCUGUGGGGUACAGUAUGGGUGCCAUUAUUCUGAGUAAUUAUGUGGCCCGCAGUGGCAAUGACUGUGCCCUGGAUGCGGCUGUGGCUGUUAGUGGUGGAUUGGAUAUGCGAUUCGAACAUCAUUUCUAUCGCGCCCAACGAUUGUGGCAACCCAUGUUGGCACAGGAAUUGCGGGAUAACUUUUUGGUCCAGAAAUGGGGUGAACGCAUUCGUGCUCGUUUGUCGUUGGAGGACCUGAAGCAAUCCAUGCGGGCCUAUCAUGUGACGGAAAUUGAUCAGCAUGCUGUUGCACCGUACAACGGAUAUGACAAUGUGACUCAUUAUUACAGUGAAAUGAGUGCCAUGGGAGAUAUCCCACUGGACGCCUAUCAGAAUGAAGCAUCCUUACCGGAGAACGCUCGAAUUCAUAACGUUGCCAUUCCCUUUUGCGUGGUCCAUGCAUUGGAUGAUCCCUUGGUCACAUGGCGCACAGUUGGAGCCAACACAGGUUUGAUGCAUCCAUCCACCUUGACUUCCCAAAUCAGAUCUGGCAAUCUACUUUUACUGUUGACCAAGGCCGGUGGACACGUGGGUUGGCCACUUGGAUGGCUUCCGACAAUUCGAAAAUGGGAGUGGAUGAACGAUGCUGCAUCUACAUUUGUCGAGGCUGUGCAUCAAGUAUCGCAACAACACACCAACAAUCGACAAUGUGUCAAUAGUGGCGAUGGCAAGUGUUCUAGUGGGGCUGGAAACGAUGCUGAAGAGGAUGUGGACACUGCCACUGCUGAUGAGGCUUCACCUGGCAGCGACACAGAAGAGACCGCGACAGAGUCUGAUACUGAAGGAGGGCCCGGCACUUCACAACCAAACGUCGAUGAGAUUGAAAGUACGGAUACCGAUGCUCAAGACGAGGAGGAUGAAAUUACUCCUGAAACGAGUCAGACCAGUGAUGAAGGAAGCUCCGAUUUGGGGGCAACUGACCAGGAUGAGCCAAAUAACUAA